AUGGAACAAAAUUCAAAAUUAUUUCCUGAUCAAUUCAAUGUUAUUGAUGGUGAUUCCUAUGAUACAACAGCAAAUGAUAAUGAUGAAUUAUUGGAUGAUUAUUUCAGUAAAUAUAAAAAUGAUAUUAAUGAAAAUAAAAUACAAUAUCAUGAAUUUCAACUGGAUCCACAACAACACUUAUCACAACAAUUAAGUCAAUUGUCAAUGAUCAACAAGAAUGUGGAUGAUGAUGAUAAUUCAAUACCAAAAUAUCUACAAGAUGAAUUGGAUAAACUCACUGGUACAAUAAAUCGAAAAGAUCUUCGACAUAUAGCAUAUAUUCUCUAUGAAAUUGGAUAUUACAAAUAUUUAUAUGAUUUAUGGUCACUUUAUUUACAAGCUGGUCUUGGUCAAUUGGUAAAAUCAAUCAAAUAUGAAGAACCCUAUUGGCCAUACCAUGAAACUGUUAUUCGUCAACAACUCUAUGAAUAUAAAAUUAAAUUGGAUUAUUAUCAAAAAGAAUAUGAUUCAUGUAAUAUUGAUACUACUGUACAACUUGAUAUUGAAAAACUUGUCAAUCAAUAUGGUUUAAUUAAAAUUCAUAUGGAAUCUGACUAUAGAAUUGCAUUAUUCUAUAAUCAAUAUCAUGAUUAUCAACUUCAAGUUCAAUAUCAAAAAGAAGCUUCAACAAAAUAUCAAAUGCAAAUGGGACAAAAUAUAUUCGAUACAAAUUUUCAAUUAUCAACUAUGAACUCUGAAUUAAUCUAUCAUCGAUUACAAUUACUCUACGAUCAACCACCUCGAUCUUAUGAUAAAUUAGAAUUUCCAUUACUAUCAUCGAUUGAUCAGUAUGAAAAAUUAUUACAACGAACUAAAACACAACUUAUGGCAUUACGUUUACUAUGUCUACAAACAAAUAUCUAUCAAUAUGAAACAAAAUUAAAAUUACAAAAAAAUGAAAUAAUAGUUGGUAAACAGAUGAAUGAUACAUUAUUUCAUUUGAUUGAUCAACGCAAUGAAUUAAUACAUCAACAAAUGAAAUUAAAAUUAGAUUUUCAUACAAAUUUCAAUCUUCGUAGUCAAAUUCAACAUCAUACUGAUAAUCAUAUUGGUUUUAUUAAUAAUUUAGAAAUAGAUUCCAAUAUAAUGCAAGACAAAAUAAAAAAAUAUUUUAAUAAAGAACAAUUAAAAUUAUUACAUCGUGGUCCAUCUUAUGUACCACCAUGUCAAUUACAACUGAAAUCAUUGAAUCAAUUUCUCGACAAACAAUAUCAACCAUUACAACAACAAUUAUUAGUUGAUCUAGUAAAAAAAUAUCCAAAUGAUAAAAAAUUAUUUCAAAAUAUUGAACAGAAGACAAAAGAAGAAUUUUUUAAAUUAUUUACUUUCUCUGAUCACAAUCUAUCAACAUCAUUGAUAUUAGAACGUGCCUAUCAUGAACAACAAAUAAUAAAUACCAUUCAACAAUGUUUACAUCAGCAUCAACUUAUUUUACGACGACUCGCUGAUGAUACAAAUCGAUUUUAUCUUGAAGAAAAAAAUCAAUUUCAUGAACAAUGUCAACAAUAUAUGAAACAACAUCAACAUGAUUAUGAACUUCUAUCUUCUAUUUCAAAUCUAGAGAUAAUAGUGAAUCAACAUAUUCAUAAAAUUAAUAUGAAAUUAAACUUUCUAGAACGUGAACAUUAUAUUACUAACGAUAUUUAUCAACAACUUUUUCUACAACGUAAUGAUAUUCAAUUGAAAAAUGUCGAAUUUUUACUUGAUAACAAAUCCAAUGUUAAACCAAUCUUUUCAAUGGAAUCAAAUGUAACAUCGAAACUUUUAACUUAUCUUGAUACUUUACUUCGACCGACAAUUGAAGAUAUAUUAAAAGAUAGUUUUGUCGAUCAGGAUAUUGAUUUUAUUCAACGCCUCUUUAAUACACCUUGUUUUAAAUUACAAAAAACAACUCUAUUGAUAAGAAUACAAAUUCAAAAUUUUUUUAAUAUGUUUACAUAUCAAUCGAUGGUAAAUCGAAUUAUGUAUUUAUUAGCAAAACAUUGUAAAAAUGAACCGAUCAAUAAUAUAUCAAUGAUUGCUAUUGAAACUUUACUAGAAUUAUAUUUACAACAAACAUUAUUUAUCUAUCAAGAACAAAUUUAUAGUUUUAAUCGUGGUAUGUCAAAUCAAACACAAUUCAAUACAUUGUUAUCUAGUUUAUGUUUAUAUUAUUGGAAAAUGGAAAAAUUUCAAAAUAAUAAUGAACAAUUUCAUCAUGAAUUUCUUCUUCAAUAUAAUAAUGAAUUAUUUUUUACAUGGAAUCAAUCGAAAGAUAAACUUCAUACAUUUCUUGAUACAUUAAAUGAAUUCUAUGGUGAUCCUAUUGAUAUGAAUAUUGAAUAUGGUCAAAAAUUGACUAUUCAAAAUAUUUAUCUGGAAAAUUCUCAUGGUCAAUUCUAUACAACAAUGAAUCCAACAUCAAUGAUAUUACCUUAUGUGACAGGUUAUCCUAAAGUUAAAUAUCAAAAAUGGUUUCGUUCAACAUUAAUUCGUCUCAUCUAUCUAUGUACAAACUGUCAAGAUUUUACUCGUCAACGAAUUAAUAUGGAAAUUUGUUGUUUAAUAUCAGGUUAUUCUCAUGAAUUUAUUGAAAAUGAAUUAGAAAAUUUUAAUCGUUAUUUAAAUGUAAACAUCUAUCAAAUUCAAACAAAUGAACUCGUUUAUCAACAACUUCGUUUACAUCUAUUAAAAUUUCAACCACAAAAAUGUCACAAGUCAAUCAUCGAAUUUACAUUUAUUCAUGAUUAUGGAUCCUAUCAUGAAUUUAAGAAAAUAUUUUCUCAUAUUUGGUCAACAUAUACGAAUUCACAUCCAACUCUGUCAUUAAAACAACUGAAAAUACUUCUAAAUGUUCAACAUUCAUUUUCAUUAAAUAAUCUCUUAGUUCAAAAAUAA